AUGGCGCAGGGAGAGCGAGCUGCUGCAGCUGAAGCUGCGUCGGCUGCACCAAAUUUUGUCAUGGAACCGUACGAUAAAGAAAAAUGCAAAUGGUCUAGAUGGGUGAAACGAUUGGAAGGGAGUUUUCGGAUGUUUAACGUACCGCAAAAUCGCCGAAUGGAUUAUCUUUUACACUAUAUGGGUGCCGCAACGUAUGAUAUACUUUGUGAUCACAUUAGUCCCAUCGAUCCAGAAACCAAAACAUAUGAGGAGAUUAUUGCUAUAUUAGGAGAAUUUUUCGAUCCGGAACCGCUCGAAAUGGUACAAGUUUGGAAGUUUCGCACCCGAACACAAAAAGCGGGAGAAACCGUGAAAGAAUUCGUAACGGAACUACAGCGCGACGCGAAAUCGUGCAAAUUUGAGGACUACUUGAAAAAGGAACUACGGAACCAACUAGUGUUUGGUAUUCAAUCGAAACGUAUUCGGUCACGACUUAUCGAGGAAAAGGACCUAACGUUUGAAAAAGCCUUAGAAAUAGCACUCGCUUUAGAAGCGUCGGGAGAGGGCGCGGAAAUUUUCGAGAAACGUUCGUUAGAUGUUAACUUCACGGAAAAGCGUGCAAUUAAGACAUCUAAUACAUCUGCAAAAAAAUGCUACCGGUGUGGAAGUGAAACACACUUGGCGAGUACUUACCGUCACAAGGAUACUAUUUGUAGUUUUUGCAACAAGCCUGGACACCUGCAGAGAGUGUGUCUUAAAUUCAAAUCACAAGGAGAACAUGUGAAGAAGGACAAACAGAUAAAAAUGAAAAGAAAUAUGCAUACUAAUUUGAUAGCUGAUGAAAGCAAUCUUGAUGAGACACAGGGUGAAAUCGAAAUAUCGGAUGUUGAUGAAGUUCUCACGCUUGAAAUAUGUAAAAUGGAAGAAUCAAAGUCACUCUCAAAAGUUAUUUUACCGCUGAAUAUAAACAAAAAAGUUAUCAAAUUCGAAGUAGAUUGUGGAUCUCCUGUGGCGCUCAUGAGCCUCGGCGACAAGAGGGUCUAUUUAAAUGAAAUACCAUUGAUGAAGACUGAUGUAGAGUUGUUUAGCUAUUGUGGAAAUAAAAUCGAAGUUUAUGGGUAUAUGAAAGUGAAUGUACAGUACAACGGUGGUUCGAACUGGUUACGGUUGUUCAUUGUAAAAACGCAUCGCCACCCGCUGCUAGGGCGUGAAUGGAUGCGUGAGCUGAAUGUCGACUGGAAUGAUGUCAUACGGAAUCCAACAUCUUGCGUUGGAGCUAUUAAAGUUCACAUCCCUGAUAAACCGUUGUCUAGUGCAGUAAAGAAUCUAAUAGAUAAUUUUCCGCGGGUGUUUGAUCCGGCGGUGGGUACUAUGCGGGGUAUUGAAGCGACACUACACAUUAAACCGAAUAGCAAGCCUGUAUUCAUGAAAGCACGUACUAUUCCUUUUGCAAUUCGUGACACCGUGGAAGGUGAAAUAGCAAAUAUGGUCAAAAACGGAAUCCUGAAGAAGGUGGAACGUAGUGCUUGGGCAACACCAGUAGUUCCUGUUAUGAAAUCAGCUAAUCGAGUGCGUUUAUGCGGAGACUACAAGGUGACGGUGAACAAAUGUCUCUUAGUUGACGAGCAUCCCUUACCGACCAUUGACGAGUUGUUCUCAAACAUGGCGGGCGGUCAGAAGUUUUCAAAAUUAGAUUUAGCACAGGCUUACCUCCAAAUGGAAGUUCGAGAAAAGGACCGUGAACUUUUGACGCUAAAUACACAUCUUGGACUUUACCAACCAACACGUCUCAUGUACGGCGUGUCUUCUGCACCAGCGAUUUUCCAACGUGAAAUUUCACAGUUGCUUGGAGAUAUUCCCGGAGUAUCAGUUUUCUUAGAUGACAUUAAAGUGACUGGUCCAGACGAUGAAUCACAUUUACGGCGACUUAGAAUGAUUCUGAAGAAAUUAGACGACCACGGAUUACGAUUAAACGUGGCGAAGUGUGAGUUUUUCGCUGAUCGCAUCGAAUACUGCGGUUUCGUAAUUGAUAGAGAAGGUAUUCGGAAAAUGAAAACCAAAAUGGAUGCUAUCCAGGAGAUGCCUAGACCUCGAAACCGGGAACAAGUUCGAGCGUUCGUAGGUCUAAUAAACUAUUAUGGGCGAUUCAUGAAGAAUCUUAGCUCUCGGAUUUACCCCAUAAACAACUUGUUGAAGGAGAAUGUGCCGUUCCUGUGGAAUGACGAUUGUGAUAAGGCGUUUUGCUGGGUCAAAAAUGAAAUCCAGUCAGAUAGUGUUCUAGUACAUUACGAUCCUAAACUUCCACUUGUACUUGCAACCGAUGCAUCGCCUUAUGGUGUGGGUGCCGUAUUGAGCCACCUGUACCCGGAUGGAACAGAACGACCGAUACAUUACGCGUCGCAAACACUAAAUAUAUCUCAACAAAACUAUAUACAAGUCGACAAAGAGGCGUAUGCAAUCAUUUUUGGUGUGAAAAAGUUUUACCAAUAUAUUUAUGGUCGAAAGUUCAUUCUUGUAACCGAUAACAAAGCUGUUACUCAGAUCUUGGCACCUCACAAAGGACUUCCGGCCCUCAGUGCUUUACGAAUGCAGCAUUAUGCUGUCUUCCUCGAGUCUUUCGAUUAUGAAAUACGUUUCCGGCCUUCGAAGGAGAAUGCAAAUGCGGAUGCGAUGUCUCGGUUACCAAUUCAUGAUUCGAACAACCUACACCGAAUCGAGGAAGUGGACCUCGUCGAAAUAAAUCAAAUCGAAACCUUACCUGUUACAGCAGAAGACCUGGCGAAAUGCACAAAAGAUGACUCUAGCGUGGAAAAUCUGAUUCAAGGACUGAAAUUCGGAAGAACUGUUGAAGGUCGGGAUAGAUUCGGUAUCAACCAGUGUGAGUUCUCAAUACAGAAGGGUUGUCUGAUGAGGGGCAUAAGAGUCUACAUCCCUCCCAAGCUACGGCGACCAGUGCUUGAAGAACUGCAUUUAGGACACUUUGGUAUAUCCAGAAUGAAAUCAUUGGCACGAUCGUAUUGCUGGUGGGAAACUGUUGAUUGUGACAUUGAGAAAUUAGCAAAAGACUGCUGUGAGUGUGCCAGAGUACAGAAAAAUCCCACGAAGGUUUCAACGCACUGCUGGGAAAAAGCCACAGAACCAUUCCAACGGAUUCACGUGGAUUUUGCGGGACCAUUCCAAGGAUUGUACUUUUUCGUGAUCGUUGAUUCAUUUACAAAAUGGCCAGAAGUUAAGAUUGUCCCUAAUAUGACAGCAGAUAUUACUAUCGAUCGUUUACAAGAAUAUUUUGUGACCUAUGGAGUACCUUCCAUUAUUGUCAGUGAUCGUGGAGUACAGUUUACGUCAGACCAGUUCGGGGCAUUCUUGAAGCGAAACCACAUCACACACAAAAUGGGAGCUCCAUAUCACCCGGCUACAAAUGGCCAAGCGGAACGAUUCAUUCAGACUUUCAAAGAAAAAUUGAAGGCUUUGAAUUGUGAGCGGAAAGAAAUCCAGUUUGAGCUCUAUAAAAUCCUGAUGGCCUACCGGAGAAGUGUACACCCUACAACUCAAACUUCACCGUCCAUGCUGGUUUUUGGAAGACAAAUAAAAUCCAGGCUUGAUAUGCUCAUUCCCACUAGUAUUCCAGAAGAUUCAUAUCGUGAGGAGGUGGGUGAUCGUCGUUUUGCUAUAAAUGAUAGAGUGGCAGUGCGAGAUUACUUAGGGUCUUCUAAAUGGCAGUUCGGCACAGUAACAGAACAGAUGGGUAAACUUCACUACAUGAUUGAGCUAGAUGAUGGUAGAAUCUGGAAGCGUCACGUGGAUCAGAUGAGAUCAGGUCCUGUUAAACCAAAUAUUGGAAUCGACCCCGGAGUGAAGAUCAACGAUAGACCACGAGAAGUUACAGUACCUAGUUACUUGAAUCAGCUAGUCUCCGAUUACGAAAAAACAAAUAAAGUCCAAACAACAACCAUUCCCUCAACCCAGCCUGAGGAAGGCCAUGCUGAAUCUUCUAGAGAGACAGUUGAAGUGGUCCGGCGUGAAACAGGAAAGAAGCAGCAAGUUCCGGACAAAUCAACUGUGGAAGUACCCCGUAGAUCCACAAGAGUAAGCAAACCACCUACGCGAUUAGAUCUAUGA